CACUCUCAUUAACACUGCCAAGAAGAGGCCUAAGACGAUAAUAUAACGGUUUCCCAUCUUUUACUCCCCCUGACAGGUCGCUCCAUUGGGGAAUGCGCUGCCAGAUCAACCAACCACAUCUCGGCCGCUGAUAACGGCCGCUGAUAGAGGCUCUGACAAAGGUGCGGGCGGCAAAUAGCGCCAAUCAGGCCCCGAGUCGAGCCGGCAUUUCGCGUGCGGGUGCUCCGUCCCGACCCGUCACUCUCCUCGUUCCACCACCAGUCGACGUGCAUCUCCGCCAACUCAGUGAGACCGAGCGGCUCUGCUUGGUGAUAUUUGACCGUUCCGUCAUCGGGGUUCCGUCAUUCCGGCGGCCGAGUGGAGAUCCGGAGAACGGACAUCUAGAAACAUGGACGGCUCCUCUCCCCGCCCUAGACAAGCCGCGUGUCUCGUCUGUCGCCGCAGCAAGAUUAAGUGCGACUGGCGACCGAACCAGGAGCGCUGCAGGCGAUGCAUCCAGCUCGACUGCGAAUGCGUGCGCCCGGCGUAUCACCCGGGCCGCCAGAAGGGCAUUAAGAACAAGCGGACGGGGCUCGACAAGGCCCUCUUCCAGAUCGACCAGGCCGUCAAGCGCGCGCGGUCCGCAGCGCAGCAGAAUCCAGAUGACAACCGCGUGCUGGCCCAUCUCCACGGGCUGCUGAGCGGAGCGGAUGCCGACGAGGCGUCCACGGCCCGCGACGCCUACGCCUCGGGGUCUCUGGGCACCGACGACAACGACGAUGCCUUCUCCGCCGAGGACGACGACGACGACGAGCAGGACCCCGUGGCCAUGACCGACUUCAUCCAGCGCACAGAGUCCAGCCUGGCCAUCGACGAUGCCGAGAACCCGCUGCAGCUGCUCGCCCGUGCGUCAUAUAUCCAGCCGUCGCCGGAAUCACGCCACGGCAGCUCGCCGGGGCAGCCGCUCAUCGCCAUCGCCAGUCCCGCCCAGCAGUCCGGGGAUGAGAUCUCGGCCUUUUUUGCCCCGGCCCGCGUGCAUCUCGACGUUGGCGAAGACGUGGACCCUGUGUUGCUGGGUCUUGUCUCGGAUGAGGAGGCUGAAUCGCUCUUCACAUUUUUUCAUCGAAAUCUUGCACAUACAAGAUGGGGUCUCGAUCCCAGGCUGUACACCGCCGAGUUCACUCGCUCGCGGUCUGCCUUUCUCUAUACGUCCAUCAUGGCCAUGUCGGCGCUUUUCAUGCCGUCGGCUGCAGCCCUAUCUAAAAGACUCUCUAACCACGCAAAAAAGCUGGCCCACCGGGUCAUGAUCGAUCGGUACAAAUCCGUCGAGAUUGUUCUUGCAUUCAUGGUCAACAUUCCGUGGAUGUUCCCCGGCGAACAGAGCACCGAUGACGAGACGUGUGCCUACAUCUCAAUGGCCAACACCGUUGCCACAGACCUGUCGUUGCACAAGUCUCUCGUCUCCACGGAGAUGCUCGACCCGGGUUCCGGAAUCGGCCUUGCUCGAGGUGAUUGUCUCGACCCUCGGUCUGCUUUAGCAAUGGAUGGCUUUCCAGAUCUGGAUCCCUGGUCUGAUCGAGGAAGACUGCUUCUUCGCAACAGAGAGCGGUGUUGGAUUUCACUUUUCGUGCUAGAAAGGGGAAUGUCACUGGCUCGAGGACGGCCGUUCUCAGUUCCGAUGACUCGGUCUUUGAAAGAUUGCGAUAGUUGGCACAGAUCUGAUUUGGCAGAUCCCCUUGAUGGUCACCUUGUCUCUAUGGCAGUUCUGAGGAGGGAUUUGGAUGGACUUUUUGCUACUGUUCGUGCCUUGUGCGAUGGGUCUCAGAAUGCUGCAAGCGACGGGUCGCUAAUUGCUCAAUCAAUCGAAGGCUCAAUAGAGCGGUUUUUUGACCAGUGGUAUACAGAGUGGGGAAUAUCAAUAGGCACUGGACUAGACCGUCGCCUCCCGCCAUACGUUGAGAUUCUCGUCACUCACACUCGUCUGUCCAUCUACGGCGGCGUAAUAAACCACCCCACUGCCCCGUUAGAGGUCCGCGGAUUCUUUCACACGGCUGGGCUUUCGUCAGCGCUCAACGUCAUGCGUGCCGCGAUCCAAGGAGAAUCUCAACUGCAAUCAAUGCCCAACAAUACGGCCAUCAUGAUCUCCUUUGCGGCUUGCUUCGCUCUCACAUUGAGUGCUUAUGCGACAGGCGGCUCGGGCCUGGCUCCCAGCAUCCGAAACCUCAUCAAGGAGACUGCAACCGUUCUCGAGAGGAUUGGACGGGUGACGAAGCACCGGAAUGGCCUUUCGGUUCUGUACGGAAAAUAUCUGAAGCAAAUUGUAAAACGAGCCGCCACUCAAGAAAACACUGGAGCCGCAGCGGCAACGUCGAACCUCUCGGCAGCACCCAUCACAGAGAGCACGCCGCUGGCGACUCAGACGACCUUUUUGGACAAUCAAGCCCUUUGGUCAGAGACAUUGCAGUUCUCUACAAUGUCGGACGAUCAAAUCGCACAGGUUCUCAACCAACCUGGAAAUAAUUUCGAUCCGUCUUUCGGGGGAUUGUCUUGGGACGACAUGACCAAUUUUGAAUGGCUCUAUUGGCCUGAAGUUGGCAUCUAGCGUCCUUGAUUUGAAGACUCUAGUUAAUUACAAAUGAGAGGCUCUAGCGUAACUCCACUUUCUGGACUGGGACCGUGUCGGCGUGCAGCCAUGGGAUCCCGAUGGUAGUCAGUUGUCGUAGUUUCUCCAUAAACACAAACGUCAAAACAGUAUGCGGCCUGUGAACGAGUCAAUACAAGGCCAUCAUGUUGGCUUGCGUACUCACGUCAGUCUCAGCCACGCAGGC